AGCGGGCGUUUUGGUGCUGCCUCCUCCCACCGGCGUUGAGGCAGAGCCUUGGAGCAGCCUGCACGGCUGUAAGACGUGAAGGGAGCUGCUCGGCCCUCGCUGCCCCCUCCUGGGUCGCCCCGACAAAAGGGGAGACGGAGGUGGCGGCGGUGCAGCAGCAGCAGCAGCAACGCCGCCCUGCCGAGUGACUCUACUUUCGAGGAGGCAGCGGCCGUGCGGGAUGAACGGCUUCGGUCCCGAAGAAGUCACCCGCGGUGGGGGGGAAGCUGCCGCCGUCCCUGCCGUGGUGGCCAACGCGGCGGCGGCCGUCGAAGUCCUCCCUCCUCCGGGGCCCGGCGCAGGGCAGCUGUGUUGCCUGCGCGAGGAAGGCGAGCGGUGCAGCCGGGCGGCGGGGAACGCCAGCUUCAGCAAACGGAUCCAGAAGAGCAUCUCGCAGAAGAAAGUCAAGAUCGAGCUGGACAAGAGCGCAAGGCAUCUGUAUAUUUGUGACUUUCACAAAAACCUAAUCCAAAGUGUCCGAAACAGAAGAAAGAGAAAAGGCAGUGAUGAUGAUGGGGACUCGCCCGUGCAAGAUGUUGACACUCCAGAGGUUGAUCUGUUUCAGUUGCAAGUAAACACACUAAGAAGAUACAAAAGGCACUUCAAGUUACAGACUAGACCAGGACUUAACAAAGCACAGCUUGUUGAAAUAAUUGGAUGUCAUUUUCGGACUAUUCCAGUGAACGAAAAGGACACCUUAACCUAUUUCAUCUACUCUGUGAAGAAUGACAAGAACAAAUCUGAUCUAAAAAUGGAUAGUGCUGUCCACUAAAUAAACAAACUUGAGACUUGCAGACUUAAAGACUGUUUUGGAUGUACUGAAGCUUUCUUUAUAACUGGUAUUCAGAGAGGAAAUCCUGAUGUUAUUUUUCAUUGUUGCUGGGUCGGGAGGGGGGAUUGCUAAAAAAUGAUAUUUCCAUGGUAAAAGAUAUUUUAAAUAAAUACUAUUGAUGUUUCUGUGCCUGCAUGUGUUUGCUGUAUGGCAUGUGUGUAAGGCUGUUCUUUUCAAUCUGUCUGUUAACUUCUUAGAAUAAAUUGAAAUGUGGAAUAUCCUCUGAAAGUAACAUUUUCCAAACAUUUAAUCUGGAUAGUGCUGUGAAAAUGCAAAAGCACCAAGUGCACCUUCCAUAAUCAAAUUAGCUUGUCUUCCAGUAAUCUAGUUGCAAAUACUACUGAUGGCAUUUGAAUUUUUUUCUCAA